AUCUACAUGUGUGCUAAUGCGCAUCAUUGUAUUUUACAUUUUGAUCAAGUAAUCGCUUCGAAAGAAAAAAUUGAAAAAAGAAAUUGCAAGACGAAAGAAGCUUUGUACAGUAAAACUAAAAAAGUAAUAUAAAAUAUCUUAUGAAAUGGUUUUUGUUGCUGCAUUUGGAAUGUUUUCAUUUCGUUUACAAUAUUGAUGUGUGCAAUAAUCCCAAUCCCCCAUGUUCUUGGAGUAAUGGAGUAUGUUUAAAUACAAAUGGUGGCUAUAUUUGUUCAUGUAAUGUAGGAUGGGUGUUGGGUCAAGAUAAUGCAAGCUGUAUUGAUGUAAAUGAGUGUAUUGGAAACGUUACAUCAUGUUCCAAUGGUUGUAUAACAGUAGAUAAGCAAUUUCGAUGUCCAGUGUACUUUGUGAAAAAUGUCUCAAUUCCAUUGACAAAGGGUGCUAUCGUUGCUAAUAUACCAAUGCUAGAUGCGGAACAUAUAGUUUCGUUUGAUGUUUAUCCUUCAUCUAUUGCUGCUAACAUUCGUAGUGUUGUUCAUUUUACUAUUGGUUCAAAUAAUGUUGAAUACGGUGAUAGAGUUCCAGCUGUCUUUAUUAAUCCAAAUGGAGCUAUGACCAUCUCAUAUCCUUUAAAUGGAGUAUUAAAUUAUAAUUUUACCUCAACUCCCGUUUUAUUAAAUACAUGGACAAAUGUUAGAAUAAGUCAAGUUCUGAUUGGUACACAAUAUGUAUAUACAAUCAGAAUAAAUAAUCAAGCUGUUUCUGUUGAAUUUAACAACCAAGCUCAAAGUUUUUACAAUGUCACAGUAUAUGCUUCAGAUCCUUGGUAUGAAGCUCAGGAUGGUUUUAUAAGAAACUUGUUUUUUAUCAAUGGAAGGGCUAGUAAUGAAGAAGCUGUUUCUUGUAAACAUAGAAAAGUAUCUCUAAACAAUGAUAUUUUAUGUUCAGAAUCAAAUUUUUUUCCAAAACUAGCUUCUUUUACUGAUUUUAAAGCUCUUAAGCUUUGGACUACUGAAAGUAAAUAUGGUACUUUAAGUUGCACUUCAAGUUAA